CUCCGUAGUACAUUGCAGUAUAGAAUUUAAAAUGGUCUCAAGAUGAUUUACUCCAUUGAAUUUAUCAAUGCACACUUGUUUAGGCCUAUAAGGAGUUCUGUCUUUCAGUCUUGAUGGGAAGAUACAUUCAGUUGUGGCUACUAGGAAAAUUUUUCUCAGUGGGGGUUAUUGUCUACUAGUGAGGAUUUAUGAAAUGGCAAUCAGCUCUCUACCUCAACUUCAUCGACUUUGAGAAGGCCUUUGACAGCGUCGACCGAGAAGUAAUUUGGAAACUGCUUCAAUACUACGGAGUACCGCAAACCUUUAUCAGCCUCAUUCAACAACUAUAUGAAGAUGCCACAUGCCAAGUAAUUCACAAUGGACAGCUCAGUGAUGCUUUUGAAGUGAAGACAGGAGUGAAACAAGGUUGCCUACUAUCCCCCAUGAUAUUCCUUAUUGUGGUGGACUGGAUCAUGCAGCAAACAGUAGGCAGCGAGAAGAGGGGGAUACACUGGACGACGGAAAAGAACCUAGAAGACUUGGAUUUCGCCGAUGACUUAUGCCUAAUGUCACAUAAACUUGAAGAUCUGCAGGCAAAAACUAACAAGUUGAUAGAAGAGGCAGCGAAGACGGGACUUCAGGUGAAUAUAGAGAAGACAGAAGUGAUGAAGAUACCGCACCACCACCAUCAACAACAACAACAAACUCCAAUCACCAUGAACGGGAGAAACUUGAAGGAAGUAACCUCCUUCACUUAUCUAGGAAGCACUGUUUCAACUACGGGCGGGACAGACGAGGACGUCAAAGUCAGAAUCGGAAAAGCAAGACAGGCGUUCAUUAGCCUGAAACCAGUGUGGAGAUCUUCUGCACUCAGCAUGCGGAGCAAGAUACGGAUUUUCAACACCAACGUCAAGUCAGUGCUCCUGUAUGGUUCAGAGACUUGGCGCGUCACGAAAGGCAUUUCCAAUAAACUACAGACAUUCAUCAACAACUGCUUACGCUCGCUGCUGAAGAUCAGAUGGCCAGAAAGAAUAAGCAACAAGGAGUUCUGGGAACGAACCAACCAAGAACCUAUCACGCAACAAAUAUGCAGGAGGAAGUGGAGAUGGAUUGGCCAUGCACUGAGAAGGCCGACUGAGGACAUCACGUGUCAGGCCAGUUGCUCGAGUGGAAUCCCCAUGGGAAGCGACGAGUUGAGCGUCCAAGGUGAGGGUGACAUGGAGGAGAUCGUGCGAGGAGGAAAUGAGAGGUUGUGAGCUGUCAUGGGACCAGGUUCAAAAGAUCUCAGAGAACAGAGGUCACUGGAGGCGUGCUACUGAAGCCCUAUGUUCCACUAGGAACCCAAGGGACUAAUAAUAAU